AUGGUUUUGUGGCGCAUUCGUGGUGAAAUGGCUGAAAUCGACGUUGAUCAAAGUUAUGCUGGACAUCCGACAAUGUUUUCAAUAAGAAUGAACCAUGGAGGUGAGUUUACAAGCUUUCCUGGAAGGAAGUAUAUUCGUGGGAAGCAAACAUUUGUUGAUUUAGUAGACAUUGAUACCUUUUCCGUUCAUGACAUUGAUGAGAUGAUGGAAGACCUAGGGUAUGCUUCAAUAGGUAAACCACUUUACUAUCACUUUCAAAGGCCUUUAGGCGAUUUAGAUUUUGGGUUAUUCGCUUUAGCUAGUGAUGAAGAUGUUCGUUAUUUGGGGAGUUUUGUGGCUAAGCAUAAGUUAAUUGAGAGACUGUUCCUGGAGUGGCAUAGCACACCUGCUGUUGACUUGGAGGAUGACAUGGAUCACAUGGAGAAAGAAUUGGGUAAUGAUCCUACACCCACUGGUCAUCUAAGAGAAGGAUUUGGGUAA